AUGAGCAGUAGUGGAAACCCUAGCAGCAGCGGUGGAGGAGGAGGACCUUGCGGCGCGUGCAAGUUCUUGAGACGCAAGUGCGUCGCUGGCUGCAUCUUCGCGCCUUACUUCGACUCAGAGCAAGGGGCGGCGCACUUCGCGGCGGUUCACAAGGUGUUCGGAGCGAGCAACGUCUCCAAACUCCUCCUCCAUAUUCCCGAGCAUAAACGACCAGACGCCGUCGUUUCAAUCUGUUUCGAGGCUCAGGCUCGUCUCAGAGACCCUAUUUACGGCUGCGUCUCUCACAUCGUCUCUCUUCAGCAACAGGCUCUUUCCAUAACGGACCUCCCGACGAUAUCGCCGUCCCUCUACGACCUCUCCUCCUUUUUCGAGCCGGUCAUGUCCUCCACGUGGGCAAUGCAGCAACAACCACGACCGUCUGAUCAUGUCUUCGGCGUCCCGUCAUCGUCCAGCAUCAUCGGCGGAGGUGGUGAGCUCCAAGCACUGGCCCGUGAGUUUAUUCACGGUGGACAAAUGCCAGCUCAGCCAUCGCUGGGAACCGGUGGUUCUGCCUCAACAGUGAUAAAACGAGAAUGA